CCUGCCGCGUCGCAGCCAUGCCGAAGCACGAGUUCUUCGUGGACAUGACCUGCGAAGGCUGCUCCAACGCGGUCACUCGCGUCCUGAAUAAGCUGGGAGGCGUCCAGUUUGACAUCGACCUGCCCAACAAGAAGGUGUGCAUUGAGUCAGAGCAUAACGUCGACACCUUGCUGGAAACGCUGAAGAAAACCGGGAAGACCACCAACUACCUGGGGGAGAAGUGACCCUGGAGACAGGAUGGAGGGUCUGGCUUCCUCGGUGCUGCCAGGAAGGACGAGCGCGCGGCUCCAGGAAGACCAUGACUGACUGUUUACACUUCUGCUGAUACCCCUUUCCUUUUGACCUGGGUUCCCCUACCAGCUGCUGGAAAGAAGAGAGCUAGAAAGGAAGAAGACACCCGGAGGAAAAAGCCCAUCGUGCAGUAAAAUUCCCCUCUUGACAUGUUAGAGCUCUUGGUGCAAACUCCCUCUCUGGCCCUGCAAUAAAGGAAGGAGCUGCUUCUCUUUUCCAUG